AUGCCCGAAAUUCAAAUUUCUCAUAGAGUAUUGGCUCAACUUCUUCUUGGUAUUGUCAAGAUAUUCUCAAAGAAGGUGGACUUUCUCUAUGAUGCGUGCAAUGAGGCAUUAAAUCAAAUGAGAAAGUCUCUUCCUUCUAUACAAGGGAUUGCACAGAACAAAGCUAGUGCUAGGCCAAGAAAGCGUCUCAGAGGCAAUAAAGAAGUAACUUCUGCCAUAGAUCAUGUAGCUAAGACAAUGAAGGAGCAUGCCAGCGAGCAACAGAUAGAAACAAUGCUUGCCUCAUACCACGAGGUUACUGUUACUCUUCCAGAUCGAUUUGAACUUGAUUCAUUUGAUUUUGGUAUCUUGGAUGAUGGGUAUAAUUUAAAAAAGAGCCAAUACGCACUCCUUUUUGGCGCAUUCAAAGAAUGCGCCGAACAAAAUGGCGCAUUCGCCCUUCAGAAAAGCGCAUUACGUAGAAACGCGUGGAAUGCACGCUUCUAUCCGGCGUAUUCUUUAGACUGCGCCCUUCUAUCAAGCGCAUUUAGUCCAGUCCACUGCCUGCCAGCGCAAAAUGAGGAAAAAUUGGCUUGUAGCGGGGGGCAAGAUCUGCGAAAUCCGCGAAAGAAGUUGGGGAGCGUUCUUCCAUCCAGCAUGAUGGAUGUUGAUCUUGAGUUUAGUGAUGCUCACCACAACUCAAGCAACUUUGCUAGCGUUCAGAAAUCUCUGGAGAAAUUGCACUAUGGAGGAGAGCUUGAGAAGCCAAUAUGUUUAUCUGGAAACCAGCCUUUACAGGAUGAGAUACAGGAGAGCCAUGUUCCUUCAAAUCAUAAACAGACAGGAUCUUCAAUCGAAGAUGAGAUCCUACCUGUUGAAGAGCAAAGAAAUAUAACAGAGAUAAUCAACUUACAGGGGGAAAAGACAUCAGGCAUAAUGAAUGUUGAUCCUGAGCUUAGUGAAACUCACAAUCCAAGCAGCUUUACUGGAUUUCAGAAAUCUCUGGAGGAAUUUCACCAAGGAGAAAUUUUUGAGAAGCAAGCGUGUUUAUCAGGAAGUGCUCAUUUAGAUAAUGCGAUCCUGGAGAGCCAUAUACCAGUAAAUCAUGAACAGGCAAUGCUGCCAGAUGGAGAUAAUAUCCUAUCUGUUGAAGAGCAAAUAAAACUACGAGAGAAAAUCAAUUUACUGGAAGAGUUAACAUGUAAAAGUGGGAAAGAUAAAUCUAUCAGUGAGGAGCAUCCUGAUGCUUUGCCCUUAGAUAAACAAAAACCAAGCAUCUCAGGUAGAUUGAUGACCCUUUGUUUCUUUGGUUCAGAGACAGCCUCUCCGAAAUUUAUGCUUCCCACUCCAGCUAUUAAAGAAAGCUCUCGGGUGUUGAGGAAGAGAAAGAAGAAAUAUGAAGAAUGCAUCAUUCUGUCGAAUGAGGUUAUGAGGCAAAGCAUACAUGACGCAAGUGAUUUACUAUGUAAACGAAGGAAAUUACCUCAUACUUAUCUUGACAUUUGGAAGUUCUCGAGAUUCUCAAAUAGUUGCCAGAGUUUUACCGAUCCUUUGAUUCCUUUUUCUGCUCCAGCACAAGAAAAACUGCCUCAGAAGUCAUUGCAACAACUUUCAAAGAAAUCUGCAGAUGGCGUUAUUGAUUCAACCAACUUGAAAGAUGGAAUGCCUCAUGAAUCUUCAAAUACGGAAAUAGAAACAGAAGGCUUGAUGCAAAAAAUGGACAAAAUGCCAGAAGCUUCGAUGCCAAAUCUGGACAGAAUAUCUCAUUAUCUGCCAAAGGAAUCUACAGUUUGCCAUAUCGAUCCAACCAACAUGGAAGAUAGCAUGCCUCAUAUCGAUCCAACCAACAUAGAAACAGAAGUUUUGAUGCAAAAACUAAACAGGACCUGUCUAACCCCACCGAAUUCCUUAGACCACAGAGCUAAUUCCCUGGAAACUGUUAGCAAAGAGUUCACUUCGCCAGAAGCUUCAGAUAAUCAAUUGGAAAUGACGGUACAGUUUGACUUUGAAGUUUCGUUUGGGAUGACUUUCUUGUUGCUUCUUAAAGCAGCUUUCUAGUAUAAAAAUU